CAUUUCUCUGACGUCAUCGGGUAUCCCGGAGAGGCCUCCUCACCAGGAAGUGCUAUGCCGGACAGCUCUCUGUCUGUUUUGUUUUGACGAUGAUGGAGGAGGAAGAAUUUGAAUUUGCUGAGGACUUGGAGGCGAUAUUGCACCUGACUCCGGAGGUGCAGCUAGCCAUUGAACAGGUCUUCCCGAGCCAAGACCCUCUGGACAGAGCAGACUUCAACGCUGUGGAGUACAUCAACACACUGUUCCCCACCGAGCAGUCUUUGGCUAAUAUUGACGAUGUGGUAAACAAGAUUCGUCUGAAGAUUAGGCGCCUGGAUGACAACAUCAGGACAGUGGUGAGAGGCCAGACCAAUGUGGGCCAGGAUGGCAGACAGGCUUUGGAAGAGGCCCAGAUCGCCAUCCAGCAACUCUUUGGCAAAAUCAAAGACAUCAAGGACAAGGCAGAGAAGUCUGAACAAAUGGUCAAGGAGAUUACAAGGGACAUAAAGCAGUUGGACCACGCCAAGCGCCACCUCACUACAUCCAUCACCACCCUCAACCACCUGCAUAUGUUGGCGGGAGGCGUCGACUCUUUAGAAGCCAUGACCAGAAAGAGGCAGUACUGUGAGGUGGCCAACCUGCUGCAGGGAGUGGUCAAUGUGCUUGAACAUUUCCACAAGUACAUGGGCAUACCACAGAUCAGACAGCUUUCUGAGAGGGUGAAGGCAGCACAGAGUGAGUUGGGAACUCAGAUCCUGGCAGAUUUUGACGAAGCGUUCCCCUCUCAGGGCUCCAAGAGAACAGGUGGCCCCAGUAACGUGCUAAGAGAUGCCUGUCUGGUUGCCAAUGUUCUGGACCCACGCAUCAAACAAGAGAUCAUCAAAAAGUUUAUCAGGCAACAUCUCUCAGAGUACCUGGUGUUAUUCCAGGAAAACCAAGAUGUUGCAUGGCUGGACAAGAUCGACCGCCGCUAUGCCUGGAUUAAACGACAGCUGUUAGACUAUGAGGAAAAAUAUGGACGCAUGUUUCCUGAGGAGUGGUGCAUGACUGAGCGUAUUGCUGUGGAGUUUUGCCACAUCACCAAAGUGGAGCUUGCCAAAGUGAUGCGCACACGAGCUAAGGAGAUCGAGGUGAAGCUGCUUCUGUUUGCCAUUCAGAGGACCACAAACUUCGAGGGUCUUCUGGCCAAGCGCUUCACAGGAUGCACUUUGACUGACAUACCUGGACAAAAGAGGCCAGAUAGCCCUCUAGAACCCACUAACCCCUUCCUGGAAGAUGAGCCAGGCGAGGAUGUGGGUACAGAGAAGGACGAGGACUUGGCUAAGCCCAGGAAGCCGAAAGCUCCGGACAACCCUUUCCAUGGCAUUGUCUCCAAGUGCUUUGAACCUCAUCUAUAUGUCUACAUAGAGUCCCAGGACAAGAACCUGGGCGAACUGAUUGACCGGUUUGUGGCUGACUUCCGAGCACAAGGCCCACCCAAGGCAGGCACGGAGGAAGGCGGAGCGGUACUGCCCAGCUGUGCUGACCUCUUUGUCUAUUACAAGAAGUGCAUGGUGCAGUGCUCCCAACUGAGUACCGGAGAACCAAUGAUCGCCCUCACAACCAUCUUCCAGAAAUUCCUGAGAGAGUAUGCUUGGAAGAUCCUCUCUGGCAACCUGCCUAAAUCCAGCAGUAACAGUGGGGGUCUUACCAUCAGCAGUCUGCUGAAGGAGAAAGAAGGCUCAGAAGCUGCAAAGUUCACCAUGGAUGAGCUCUGCCUGAUUUGCAGCAUCCUCAGCACUGCAGAGUACUGCCUGGCUACCACACAACAGUUGGAAGAGAAGCUAAAGGAGAAAGUAGAUAAAGUCCUGAUGGAGAGAAUUAACUUGACUGGGGAGAUGGACACAUUCAGCACCGUGAUCUCAAACAGUAUCCAGCUACUUGUUCAAGAUCUUGAUGCCGCCUGUGAUCCUGCUCUCACUGCUAUGAGCAAGAUGCCGUGGCAGAGCGUGGAGCACGUGGGUGACCAGAGUCCUUAUGUGACGUCAAUCAUCAUGCACAUUAAGCAAAAUGUGCCCAUCAUCAGAGACAAUCUGGCCUCCACACGCAAAUACUUCACACAAUUUUGCAUCAAGUUCACAAAUUCUUUCAUUCCCAAAUUUAUCAACCACCUGUUCAGAUGUAAACCUAUCAGCAUGGUGGGAGCUGAACAACUCCUCCUUGACACUCACUCCCUGAAGACAGUCUUGCUGGAUCUGCCCUCCAUAGGCUCCCAGGUGCUGCGCAAGGCACCUGCCAGCUACACCAAGAUAGUGGUGAAAGGCAUGACGCGUGCAGAGAUGAUCCUUAAGGUGGUGAUGGCCCCACAUGAACCACCAGUGGUGUUUGUUGAUAACUACAUCAAACUCCUUGCUGAUGGCAAUCCUGAGACCUUCCAGAAGAUCCUGGACAUGAAGGGUCUGAAGCGCAGUGAACAGAGCAGCAUGCUGGAGCUCUUCAGGCAGAGGUUACCUACUCCACCCUCCGGGGGCGACGGCGGCUCCUCUCUGUCCUUCAGUGCCCCCACCCCUGAACAGGAAUCCUCCCGCAUCCGCAAGCUAGAGAAACUCAUCAAGAAGAGACUUUGAGCAGAUGCACACACUGAAAUCGUAUCUUGAAAAUUUUAAAGGUUGCGGGAUGAGAUGCAGGUUAUUCAUCUCAAAGACUUCAUUGUGCUCCAUUGGUUUAUCAUGGAGAAAUACAGAAAGAGCAAAAAAAAAGGGACUGAAUAUUCUGACUGACAGUAAUAUGAGCCCAAUCUGACACUGGAUUAUGAAGAAACUUCCUCAACUGCUACUUGCUGUUGUUACACAUGUCAUUUCUAUCAGUAAUUUCCUUCCUUUUCUUUUUACGACACUAAUGUCUGAGUUUUGUAACAUUAGUACAUCGUUGCACUGUGUAUUUGCACUCAGAAGACCCAGAUGUAGUGCUGUUAACUCAUUUUUGGCUGUCUCUUUGGGACAUGCUUUAUCCAGAAUGAUUACAGGCAGCAUGACCUUAAUUUAAGUUGAUGUUUGAACAAAAUGUACUUCAAUGAAAGACAUGUUUUUUCUCAUCUGUUUUAAUUUCAAGUGGGGGUGGUACUAGUUUGAAAUUGUGUGCAUCCCUGCCUCUAUUAAAACGGACAUGCGUCAUAGGUGUCAGGAUUGUUUUUGUGAACGGUGGCCUAAAAUGAAUCUCUGAUUACAAGUUGAGAGUCCACAAGUCUAGGGCAAAAAGUAUCUUUGGCUUUUAUCUUCAGUCAGACGUGAGGCCAGGUUUGUCUUGGCAUUUAAAACCCUCUUUAGGUUGACUUGGGAAUUAGAACCAGCUAGAUGAAGUCUCUUAACCUGGGUGCAUGCCUAGAAAAUGGGAGGUUACCAGGGUAUAUCGUGUUUAUGUACACAUUCACAGUCAGUCUGAAUAUUCGUUGAGAAUUUAAUCCUCUGUCCUCUUUGCAUUGACAUAAAAACGUGGUUUUGGUUUAGUGAAAUUGCUAAAGUGAUUUCUGGGUGGCUCUGGAAGUAAAUAGAAACAUAUUUAAAGUAAUGCCCCCUGGUUCUGGUUGAUGAUGACAGUGCCUCUCAGUUUAGCAAGUCAUUGUAGAUCAAAUGUAAGUGCAUUCAUGUCCCGCAUUCGUGUCCGCAUUCCUGCCUUCAGGUCCAAAAUGUAACUUGUUUGUAUCGCCUCAAUUGUAUCCUACACAGAGAAUUGUUAAACACUAUUAAAACAUUGUCAUCAA